AUGACUUCUCCGAUCAACCCUACCUACAUGUCCAUUGGAAUCUUUGCCGAAACUAUGUUCUCCAUGUUUGGCCACGGUCACGUCAGCCCUGAAAUGCACUUGGUUUGGGAUACAGGAGCCAAGGCCAUGAACAUUUGGGGAACCGGCCAUACGACUUGGUUUUGGACUACUGAGACGGAUACGGCCGAGUUCACCGCUGGGGUCAUUCAACGGCACGACGACGCAAAGGGCGGUUGUUGGAACGUGUGCUCUGGUGCUCAAUUUCUUUGGCAAAUCGCAGAGAUUUACGAACGCGAGCGUGACGUCAAAGUGACUCUCAACACCCAGGGCUCUAUCGACGAGCCUGAGGCCAAGGCACUGGAUGCGAGGAGUAAAGGGGAUAAGAGGAAAUGCUACCUCUACACUGGACUGUUCUACCAGCUUCAUGCCAGCAACGGGGCCCUCAACUUUCACAAGCUGGACGACGACCAACUCACAGUUUCGGGGACGACUAUUGAAGAGUUCUUGAGACAAAACCCUCAUAUCUAG